CUCAAAGAAGCCCUGGCGCGCCCUCCCCCCCUUCCCGGUCUGGUAGGGCGAAGGAGCGGGCGCGCGGUCGAUCGAGCGAUCGGUUGGCGGCUCUUUCUCCUGCUCUGGCAUCCAGCUCUUGGGGCGCAGGCCCGGCCGCCGCGGCGCGCGCCCGGUGGCCGUUGGCGCUCGCGCCGCGUCUUUCUUCUUGUACGCAGAACUCGGGCGGCGGCCUAUGCGUUUGCGAUUCGACGAGGAGUCGUCCGGGUGGUUGGCGGCGGCGGGCAGCUGCUCCGCCCCGCUCCCGGGGAGGCGGCGGCGGCGGGAUUUGGCGCGGCCGGGGAAGCUGGGGUGGCCGGGGCCGGCCUGGAGGCCUGGCGCCACCCUUCGGGGCCUGCAAGGACCCAGUUGGGGGGGCAGGAGGGGGCCGGGGGAUGGUUGGUGGUGGGCUUUCUACUUUGCCUUUUCCUCCUUAUGCCGCCUUAGUGAGGGGCGGGAGCUCUGGCGGCAACUCCGGGGUGGAGAAGCGAGCUCCGGAGUCGGAAGAGCGGCGUUUGCUUCCGGGCCUAGCCACCAGCUGGCCGAGUGACCUUAGGCAAGUCACUCAGUAAUUUGUCUGCGCCUCAGUUUCCUCCUCUAUCAACGUUUGUGGGAUUGAAAGCGCUUUGUAAACCAUAAAGCGUCAGUGGAUGAAAGGAAUGAUCAUUGUUCGUUAUGGUUGGCUUUUUUUUUUUUUUUUUUGGAGUUGUAAGAAAACUUAGAAAUUCCCAGUCCUUGGAUAUUGAACCUGGAAACCUUGGAUUGGAGAUGGAGUUCCCCAAACUCCCUGAAAUUGUGUGCAGAAGUUAGUGGGAAUAUGCAAUUUAGGGAAAUGAGGAUCCAUCGCCAGCAAGUUUUCAGAGGGGGCUGUGACCCGGAAGAGUUAAGAACCACAGUUCCUUUGCCACAAGGAGGAAACUGAGGCCUAGAUGUCAUUUGGGACCCGUCACAACCAAGUUGAAGCCCCUGUUGAAUCCCUGGGAUAUGUGAGCUGUCUAUGCAUAGUGAAUAUUCGGGGUAACAACACUCCACUGCUUGGCUUCUGAGUCCUUUCACUAUGGGUUGCCUGAAGGGCGGCUGAUGCUUAUGGUACAGUGGCACCCAAUAUAAAGCAGCUGAAACUAGGAGUGGAUGUGUUCUCUAGUGUCAAGAAGCCUAUUCAAUCUUUGGCCCAACAACUUUUUAUUUUCUGGUGCCUGACUACCUUUCUGACUUUUUCAUUGACCAUUUUCCAUGACCAUGGUUGCCAUCCGUUACUUGCUCUUGUUUUAUAUUCUUAGCUCCGUGUGGUUGGUAGUGAGCAGGCUUAUUUUUAAAUGGUGCUCCCAAGUCCAGCUAAUUAAUGGUGCAGGUGGGUUUUUAGCAAGCUGUCUCACUGGAAUAGACUGAACUAGACAUGGAAUUCCUGAAGAUGUUUGUCUUUAUUAAUUGAAGGUUGACAUUCUCUGAAAAGUUUUGUUAGAACUUCUUCUGAACCUCAAAGUCAGUAGUUGGAAGUGUUUCAAACCUUAACUUUCCUCCCCGCCUGCUUUGUAUUCUCUUUGCUUGCAAGUGUGUUAUUAAGAUGGCCAAAAUGCCAGUUUUUGCUUCUUUGUUAAUUGUCAGCUGCUUUUUAUCAGAUUCCAGGCCAUUGUCCAGCAAACACUAUAGAAAUGUUUGAACACUUGGAUUUCAAACAUUUUCGUUUUGUGGAGUGGUGCUUACCGUGGUACAGCUCUAAGUAAGCAAAUGCAAACACACCUAAGUGUUUUGUCUGUUAGGUGUUAGCCGGUUCUGCUAUUUCAUACAAAUGUCUGGAAAAAAUCUAUUGACUGUUCCCUUUACCUGGAGGGCAGAGACAAAUGAUCUCAAUUCCAGAGAAAUGACUGUUUUGGAGACAAAUGUGUUGGUCUUUUAGCUCUUUUGUAAUUAAAUCUGGAUGUACCUCAAAAGAAUCUUGAGACUGUGGUGAUACGAUGCUUUCCUCAGGAGAAAGGAGGAAAAAACCAACUGGAACUCAAAGCUUGAAAUUCUGUGACAAAACAUGACCUGUCCAGAAUAGGAGGUUGAAAGGGUUUCACUACAGCGUUCUGCACUCGCUGGAACCCAUGUCUUUCAGUGUAGUCACCGCAUGGGCUCUAGAUUUCCAGAAUUUCAAGAACUGCAUCUGGGACCUGGAAGAAAAUACCAGGGUGUGACAGGAACUCGGGAGCUGGACUUUUUUAUUUCUGAAUUUGAGGAUUGUUGUCCUUGUUUUGAAAAAGAGACAAUGACUGAGCAAGCACUGCCACCAGCACUGUUACUGGGAAUUCGGAGACCUGAGUUUUCACCAAACCCUCAGUGCAAACUCUGGCGAUGCUCCAUCCAAAGUGAACUACGUCCUGUGCCUCCUGGUUGCCGAGUGUUCACCUGGAUCUUCUGAUCACCUUUGUGCUAUUCCAUCAGCCUACAGAUCUGGUACCUGGAUUUUUGCCCAUGGUGAUGGAUUCUGCCACCUCAUUACUGAAGAAGACAUCAUUCCAGUGGACCACUGUGAUCUAGGAGGCGUAUCUAGCGAGUCAUCAUGAUGUGGCCUUCACCUCCACUCCUGUCCUGUUCCGCCCAGAUUCAACACAGCCUUUUGUAGUGAAGUUCAACUUCUCAAGCCAAAUAGCUGAAGCUGUUUUAUCACAACAAAGGUUCAGCUUGUUCCAUAAGUGUGCAUUUCGUUUCUCCAGUUAAAGCUUUCAGAGACGCAUAAUAAAUUUGGACCAGGGGAUUUUUAGUUAUCAGCACUGUCUGAAGAAUGGCAGCAUCUUUUUGAAAACCAUAUUGGACCAUGCCCCACUCUCAAAUGAUUGAAAUUCAGGAAUUGUCUAAUCUGGACCCCAUUUUUUCUCCAUUUCAAACCUGUAGUAGCCUACUGAAUGAGCAAGCAGAUAUUCUGACCCGUUGGGAUUAAAACAAAGGCACAGUGAACUCACAGCAUCUUCUUUGGGAUUACUCAGGAACCAGAACUUUUCCCACAAAUGUAAGAAAUUCUACCAAGGAAUCCCUUUACCUAACAGCAUCUCACAAAGCUCCAAUCAGAUUCCAGAAAAGGCCUCUUGAUACAUCCAGCAUUUUGUGAACAACUUACUCUUAGAUCAUUGGUUUUCCAAAGGCUUUGUGGCCAUGAAGCCCUUUGAAUGAAAACUUUAUGGAAGCCCAGAGUAAAAGUGAAGCUGCUCUGGAGGAAGCAGAAGUGGGGGGCCUGAAACCUGCCACAAGCGUCUUACUUUACCACCAUGGUGACCCCUAAGGAGACUUCUUUACAACAACUAGAAUUCUUCAGAACACAGUUUGGAAACCACUGCCCUAGACAACAGUAUGUUCGACCUGAAUGGCAUUCUGUUCUGUACCUCUAUCCAGCACGUUGGUGUCCAGUUGAUAAUGAGCAUUCUUAGGAAUACUCAGAGAAGUGCAAGAAGAUAAACUAUCUUUGCCCCCAAGAUUAGUCAUAUGGGCUGAAAGUAAUAUCAAACGGACCUAGAGUAAUAGCCCUCUAACCACAAAUGAACUUCCAGUGAUUCCUGAAUGAUACAGCGAGAAAGCAAUUCGUACAUUACACUGACAAACCCCCUUAUUCAACUUCUUCCACAAACACCAGAUGCUCUAGUGGUACUUAAAAUGCAUGACCUUGAAGUCUUGAUCCUCCUUGAAUACAUAAAACACCAAGUAUUGAAGCUGAUGUUAAAGUUGAUGCCUCAUUGAGGCAGUAUUAGACCAGCUAUACAUUGGACCUCCUCCCAUCCUCAGCCAUGGUACUCUACUUCGUGUGCAAGAGAUAACCAUAAACUCUGAAAGCAGAAUUCAGAGACUGGCAACAUAACCUAAAAGGGCACCUGAUGAUUAUCUUCUCAAACUACAUCACUAUCACUCAGCCAUUGGCAGUUACACUACUACUUGGUUUUUAUUCAGUUUAACUGCUGUUCCCAGGAUACAGAAGCAAGUAACCUUUGAAAAACUGCUAAAACAAUUCCUCCAUCACUGGCAUAUCUGCCUGUUCUGCUCAAAAAUUAGGAGUACUCAGCUCUACAUGUAAUACCUGAUCCACAAGAGACAGUCUCUGAACAUCCUUUUCUUGAGUGUGUGAUUUAAAAUGUGGCCAUUGUAAAAAUUUUCUUCCAGCCAAUGAGAGAGUUUCAGAUGAAUCUUUUGAUAUCUGAUACCAUCAGUUGUUGAUGUUAAUGGUAUUUAGAGGUAGGCCUUUGGAUCAGGCCUUGAUAGCUUACUUGGUGGGCAUCUCAAAUUGCAUAUCUACCUUUUUGCUGGAAAAUGUAGACUAACGUGAAAGGAAAUCUACAAAGCCUGCAGCUAAAGAGUUUUAUCAAUAGACUCGAGCUUCUUGAGUCUUCCUAAUGUCACAAGACCACAGACCCUUGUCCUUGUGGAUGUUUCCAUGGAAUUUCAUUUGUUGUUUUAACUGAAUCACAGUGGCUGACUUCAUCCCUUGUCGUGCAAUACUCUCAGGCAUUAAGACGUCUGUUCAGGAGGGAUUUGAUACAUGAACUUCCAGACCAAAUCAUGUAGAACAAGUAGACUUUAAUCCAUGCCCUGAGAAAAAUCUUACUUCUUCAGAGUCGACGUAAGGGCCAGCUAUCCUCAACUACUUUAAUGAAUGCACUGGUUAAAAGUUGGGAAUGUUUCUUUAUAUCUUUGUCUCUUAUCCUCUAGACUAAUUGUGAUUAUGUGACUCAGUGUACAAAUCAUCAAACAAAGCCUAAGUCUGGUUAUUCUAUACUGCUCAUCUUCAACAAAAUCUGAUGACUAGCCUGCUUGUGUAUAUACAACUAUUAUUUGUAAAGAAGAAGUUGUCUACAAACUCGGUUUUUUCACUACCUUCAUAAUGUCAACUCGAUUUUCUUUUUCUCCUGGACUUGACCAGAAAAUACAUUUAUCUAUCACUGCCAGUCAUUCCCUUUAACCCUGUCAAAAUGAGACACUUAAAAGGUAAAGAUGAUCAUCUGUUCAAGAGUCUAAUGUACACUGUGUGUAAGAAUUGAUGGUGGAAAAAGCCUAAAACUCAAACCUAGUAACUUACUAUAUCCAUGCCUCAGAUCUCAUCUUUCAGCAGUACCAUUCAACCAGUCUGAGGCCUUGACUUGUUGAUAAGAUGAUUCUCAGAGAUGAGCUGAAUUACAGAAGAUGGAGACUUGAUUACCAAAGAAAGUAGGGCCAACCUUGAUGAACCUGGCUCUCCCAACCCUAUCACUCCCAGAUGUAGCAUAGACUCCUAAACAGAACCUCAAGUCUGGAUUUAAGAGAUACCCUUCUCCUGAGCUGAACGUUCUUGGACAGAUCAGCAGGAAAGUGAAAGUUGCUAUACCUGACUGGCCCUUUAAGAUCAGAAAAUUGUAUCUAGAGGAAACCGUAUGGAUUAACCCUGGAAUACUCAGGCUUAAAACUAAUUUACAGAACUUCAACAUUAAACUGCCUAUUUUUCCAGAUCUUAGCCUGGCUACUGAUAUGACUGGCCCUGCUGAAGUUACCUUGCUUACUUGUCUACUUACCUGACUCAGCCAUUGCCUGCCUUUCUGACAUGUUGCUGCAAUCAGACACUGUCCUUCAGAAGACUACAGCUGAUCUCAGCUAUCUUAUAUCUGGUUCCACCAAGAAGUUUUGAACAGAAGCAACCUGUGCUUCUGUACCCUCCAGGACUUAAUGUUCACAACAGGAAGGAGCAUGCUACAUACUCCUUGACCAGCAGCGUUUUUUGUUUUGUUUUUAACUGCAGAGUAAGCCUCUAUGCCUGUAUAUAUUAGAUCAUCAUUUUCAACACUUGGGACCCUUUCUGCCAGAUCUGAAGGAGCAGAGCAGAUUGAAAGCACUGUCCAUUUCUCCAUUCUAUGGUCAUACAGAGAUGAAUCUGAUUUACCAGUAUUCACAGAAGUGUACCAGUUUAACUUGGCAAAAGACUUAAAGGAGCAUAAAACUUUUCCACUGAACUUAAAAUUUACCACUGACUUGAGGAGUCUUACAGAAGUAUUUUCCAGUGGGAGGCUGGUUGUCCUGUUUCAUGUCAGUGAGACAAUUGGGCUCUCAGACUUAUGACAACUGAGUUUACUUACAUUGAAACUCUUGUAUCAUCCAGAUAUGCUAUUGGACAUGAUUAUUCCAUUCAAAUGGAUUACAAGCCUCCUGAGUAGAAGACAAACUUACUACUCAUGAUUUUUCCAAGAAUACUUUUAUCAUCAAGGAAGGAACAGUGCCAGCGGAAACCAUUCAACUUUAUGAGCAGAGAUUAAACUUUUUCAGUAUCUGGUCUUACCAUUGACUGACAUCAGUUGUUUUUGAUUGACCAGCCUCCAUUCCAUUCCUUUGUAACGACUCCCUGAUUCUUCUUCGAAACUCCUUUCCCUCUCUUCAGUCCACGUGGUUCAAUCUGACCUAAUCUUAGGUUUCAUGGGUGGACAUGUAAUUCAGACCUGAUCAAUCAGCACAGUCCAUCUCCUUGACCAUAGUGAUUGGUUCAGGAUUAAUCAUGUGAUUCAAGUUGGUCCCACGAUUCUCAGCCCUGAGAGUUCUCAUGAACUAUGGUAGAGAAGCUCUUUACUGAGAUUGCUUAGCUCUGCAGGAUGAAAAGCUCAAACCAGCAGGGCCCAACGUAUCAAAUGAGCCAGUCGGAGAAUGAAGCCAGUACAGAGGAAAACGGAGCCAGAUGAUGGAGAGACUUGAGUCCUGAUGACAAUGUGCCCCUGGAUCAAACUGUGCCUGAAGCUAGUAUAUCCCCUGGACUUUUCAGUUAUGUGAAUCAAUAAAUACCCUUCUUUGCUUAAGUUA